AGUCAUCGCUGCCACCUUUCAAUAUAGAAGCGAUGGAGAAUUCAACGACAAAGACGGAGGGUGUACAUCAGAUUGUUCCUGAGAAUCCUGUCCACAAAAUCUCCUCCAACCUCCACAAGACUGGAGGAUCCUCAGACUCUGAGACUGGCCCAGACCAGGAGACCUCCACCCAGCCGAACCCCACCGCCUCCACCACCCUACCAUCAGACACCCCGCUCCCCCCCACCACUACCCAGAGCCCACCCCGAACCACUAAGACCCCUAGACGGCCUCGCUCCACUGCCCAGGGCCUGACCACCUCACCGUCGGCGGGUGCGGUCCCUCCCAAGGGUCCUUCCUUGGGGGUCGGGGAUGGAGACUCGGUCCCUGUGCUCCCCCUUCUCUACCUCCAGGUCCCAGCCCGCCUCUCUCGGCCCCGGCUCCGGCCCAACGCUGCUCCAGACUCCAAUGGAGACCCUGCUUUAUCGCCAUCUAAAGAGCACAGCAGUCCAAACAACCGCUCUUUAGGCCAAGCCGCCGGCCCCGGCCCUGAACCCGGGCCUGCUGGAGCUGUGGCUGGCGUGGCUGCUGCCAGGUCAAGAAGGGAGGAUGUAGGAUCAGAGAGGGACUCAGCUCACAGAACCAGAACAACCAGAACCAUGUCCCAUGUGGUGACAUGA